AUGGCACAGGUGUCAGAGCAACACGGCCGUCGAGUUCCCGAACCAGUAGGAGCUAUGACAGCGACGCAGGAAGAUAUCGAUAUAAUCUGGUCGUGGAACAAACUCUGUCCGGAACCGAUUGAGCGCUGCUUCCACAAUGUUUUCUAUGAAAGGGCCCAAAAGCAGCCAUACUCUGUGGCUAUCUGUGCCUGGGAUGGUCAAUUAUUCUAUAAAGAACUGAAUCAGCUCUCCACAAAGUUGGCACAUCGCCUCAUCGAGCUGGGAGCUGGCAGCGGCAUGGUGAUCCCUCUCUGCUUUGAGAAAUCGAUGUGGACGACUGUUGCCAUGCUUGGAGUGCUCAAGUCUGGUGCGGGAUUCGUGAUGCUUGACGCCUCACUUCCGGAGCAGCGUCUCCAGACUAUUGUGCGACAAAUCGAAGCAACAAUGAUUGUUUCUUCCGUCUCGACCCGCUCCCUCAGUGCGCGAUUGGGCCUGGAAGUGGUUUCCAUAAACGACCAGUUCUUUACAGGCCUAGAUGUCGAGGUAGAUCGGCUGCCAGCAGUAUCUGAUGACCCGUCGUCAAUCAUGUACCUUGCUUUUACAUCGGGCAGUACAGGAACACCGAAAGGAGCAAUCAUCACACAUAACAACUUCGUGUCGGCUCUUUAUCAUCAGGCGCACCAUCUUCAAUUUACCACGGAAUCCAGGACCUAUGACUUUUCCUCGUACUCCUUUGAUGCAUCAAUCAGCAAUACCUUUAACACUCUCGCGGCAGGGGGUUGCUUAUGUGUACCAACUGAGCAAGAUCGUAUCGACAGGCUCGCGCAGAGCAUAACAGCUCUACGAGCCAACGUUACUUUUCUCACGCCUUCUGUCUCUCAGCUACUGGACCCUAAGGAUACACCUACAUUACGGACUCUCAUCCUUGGUGGUGAAACGUUGCCUCUCACUGAAGUUAAACGUUGGUGGGGUAGAGUACGUCUCGUCCAUGUGUACGGGCCAUCUGAAUGCACCCCAUACAGCCUCCUCAACAGCGGCGACGCACCUAGUCCACUCGAUGCUAUCCGGAUUGGGAAAGGAGCUGGUAUGGUGACAUGGGUUGUUGACCCAGAAGAUCACAAUCGUUUACUUCCGAUUGGAUAUACUGGUGAGCUGCUGCUCGAAGGACCACUUGUUGGCAAAGGUUACUGGAACGAUGAAGAGAAGACAGUGAGUGCAUUCAUUCAAGGGCCAUCGUGGCUCCGGAGAGGAGACCCAGAUAGGGUAGGACGGCAGGAACGACGCCUUUACAAAACAGGAGAUCUUGUCAUGUACAACGAGGAUGGAAGCUUGACAUAUGUCGGGCGCAAAGAUACCCAGGUAAAGAUUCACGGACAGCGAGCCGAGCUUGGAGAGGUCGAGCACCGUAUACAAGUGUUUAUGCCGGAGACUCGAGUCGUUGUCGAUACCAUUAUCUCGGGAGGAGAAACCCCAAGCCCAGUAUUGGCGGCCUUCAUCCAGAUGGGCCACAGUUCGCCCAGGCCCACAGAUGCAGAACCUGAUAUCGAAAUAUUUGACAAGCCUAUCGGAAUUGAAGAGGCCCUGGCGGCAUAUCUUCCACGUUACAUGAUUCCGGCUGUGUUCUUUUCUGUGCCAAAUCUGCCUAUGACGGCGGCAGCAAAACUUGAUCGAAGGAGGUUACGCGAUCUCGGGACAUCCUGUUUCCAGCAUUUCAGAGAAAUGAACAGACCGGAAGCCGCACCGGCGCAGCAAUCGCGCGUUGGAACAGAAUUGCAGGAGAUCUUGGGCCGAGUGCUUGGUAUUAGUCCGGCACUAAUGCGACCAGACGAUAAUUUCUUCCGGCUCGGGGGAGAUUCAAUCGCAGCAAUGCAAGCUGUGGCGGAGGCUUACAAGGCAGGCAUCAAAGUCACGGUGGCAGACAUCUUUCAACACCCGAUUCUUGGUGCUCUAUCUAGCCAGGAUUAUCCAGCAGUGAACGAAACUCCGGAAUUGAUUUCGCCGUUUUCUCUUCUCGGAGACAAAAUUGAUUUAACUGCGCUGGUUGACAACGUUGCUACUCGAUAUGAGCUGGGCUCUGUGGCUAUAGAGGAUGCAUAUCCUUGUACUGCCUUGCAAGAAGGUCUUCUGUCCUUGUCAGUGAAAUACCCAGGUGAUUAUGUGAUUCAACGGGUCCAAGAAGUGCAUUCAUUUGUUACAACACGCGACUUCUGUCAGGCAUGGGAGACAUUGGUGCGGGAUACAGCAAUUCUGCGUACAAGGAUCGUGGAAACAAGCACUGCUGGUCUCUUGCAGUUGGUCUUGAAGGAGGGAAUUCAGUGGAUUCAGCGAACAGAUUUGAAUGGGUAUCUGGAAGAAGACAGGCAGAAGCCAAUGAAGCCUGGGCAACCUCUUGCACGCUAUGCACUUAUCAACGACAAUACAAGCAUGCGUCGGUGGUUCGUGUGGACGCUGCAUCAUUCGCUGUACGACGGCUGGUCCCUGCCGCUCAUGAAUGAUAUGGUGAAUCGAGUGUACCAGGGCAUUCCAAUCAGCCCAGCAAAACACGAGUUCAAACUGUUCAUCAAGUAUGUUACUGAACUGGACAACCAAAAGAUGGUUGAAUACUGGGCCAAUGCUCUUGCGGACUGUGACUGUACUCCGUUCCCGGCCCUUCCGUCGUCUGUACUGCAGCCAGUAGCAGACAGCGCAAUAACCCACCAAAUACCGUGGCUCGACAGACGGUCGCGGGAGGUCACUACCGCAACGUUUGUGCGUACCGCCUGGGCAUUGCUUGCAAGCUGUAUGACAAACUCAGACAAUGUCAUGUUUGGUAUCACUACGUCAGGGCGCACUGCACCUGUUGAGGGUAUCAACGAGGUGGUAGGGCCAACAAUCGCAACAGUACCAUUGUACGCGAAGAUAAGACGGCCCCAAAAGGUCUCGGAGUACCUGGAAAUCAUGCAGCAACAAGCAACGGACAUGAUUCCCUUCGAGCAGUUUGGCUUACACCGAAUCGCCAAAACAUGCCCCGGGGCUCAGCAAGCGUGCAAGUUUCAGACACUUCUCAUCAUCCAGCCAGAAGAAGGUUCUCGAGCCGAAGACGCGCUCGGAGAAUGGAAAGACAAUUAUGGACUGGAGUGGGCCAAUACAUUCGCACUUGUGGUUGAGGUGCAAAUUGGAAUGAGGAGGGUGAGCGCUACCUUCGACUCGAACGUCAUAAAGCCGUGGGUUGUGCAGGUUUUGCUAGAAGAGCUUGAAUUUGUGAUGCAGCAACUCAACGACGCAAGCGAAGAGCAGACCCUAGCCGAUAUCAAUUUGGUCACACCGCAGAUGCUUGAGCGAAUAUGGGGUUGGAAUCGUACCGUUCCAUUACCGGUGAAAGCGCCUAUUCAUCAUCUGAUUCAGAGAUGGACGCAGAAUUGCCCGACAGCAACGGCUAUAAGUUCCUGGGAUGGAGAGCUCACAUAUGGCGAGCUCGACCGACUUGCGACGGCGAUAGCGGCCCAUCUCGUCGAAUCCGGGAUUUGUUCGCACCUCCUAGGACCGCACAUGCUGGUGCCACUAUGCUUUGAGAAGUCCAAGUGGACAUUAGUAUCCAUUCUUGGCGUCCUGAAGGCCGGUGCAGGCUUCGUGUUGCUCGAUCCUUCGCUUCCUGAACCCCGACUACAAUCAAUAUUCCAAAAAGUCGGCUCCAAGCUGUUGUUAUCUUCUGAGCACAAUAUGGAUCUAAGCCUCAGGCUAUCGGGGAUGGUAGUGCAGAUUGGUCCAGAUCUAUUGCAUCUCUGGAGUAGUCUCUCGAGGCAACCGAUAACCACGACACCCUGCCAGCCACUCCCGUCGUCGAGGGCAAUGUAUGCAGUGUUUACUUCUGGCACUACUGGGGAACCGAAGGGAGUCUUGGUGUCGCAUGAGAACUUUUCUUCGGCUGUACACUAUCAGUUGGAGCUCCUAGGCUUCUCCAGAGAAUCGAGGGUCUUGGAUUUCGCAUCAUAUGCUUUUGAUGCUGCCAUCCACAAUGCUAUCGCCACGCUCGCUGCGGGGGGAUGUCUGUGCAUUCCCUCCGAACAAGCACGCAAGGGUGAUGUUGGCAACAUGGUGGCUACCAUGAAGCCUACACUUGCCAAUCUAACUCCAACGGUCGCACGUCUACUUGAUCCAAAAAUGAUGCCCGACCUCAGGACAUUGAUUCUACUUGGUGAACCAGUCACAAUCCGAGACGCUGAGCGAUGGCUAUCGCACAAAGUUCGCCUCAUCAACACCUACGGACCGGCUGAAUGCACGCCAAUUAGCACAAUCAACGCCCAGUCUGAUACCAGCCCCGAGAAGGCCAUCCAGAUAGGAAAGGGCGUGGGCUUGGUAACGUGGAUUGUGAACGCAGGAGAUCCGAAUCGCUUGUUACCACCAGGAUGCACCGGGGAGCUACUCCUCGAAGGGCCACUUGUCGGUAAUGGAUAUAUAAAGGAACCACAAAGGACCGCGGAAGCAUUCAUUCAAGAUCCUGAAUGGCUCCUGAAAGGCUCGAAUGGUCAACCUGGGCGCCAUGGCCGCCUAUACAAGACAGGCGAUCUGGUGCAGUAUAAUGAAGAUGGGUCCCUGACAUUUAUGGGCCGCCAAGAUAGCCAAGUCAAGAUCAAAGGACAGCGGUUCGAGCUCGCGGAGGUUGAGCAUCAUCUUUUGAAUUGCUUAUCGGUAAAGGUGAGCCAGGUCGCGGCCGAAGUCGUCAUGCCCGAGGGCGAGAAUGCACAUAGACCGGUGUUGGUUGCCUUCAUCCAGGCAGCUGACGUUGGCGUGGAGGUCAACGACAGGGUGGGUGUUGCUGCUGGGAGAUACCCCAUGGCUGCUGAUAUCAAGAGAAAGUUGGGACAUCAUUUGCCAAGCUACAUGGUGCCAACAGCAUACUUUUCUGUGCCAGAUCUGCCCCUGACUGCCACGGGGAAGACAAACCGGAAACGGCUUCAAGAAAUUGGCCGGGAGCUGCUCUUGUCUAGUGCAUCUGAACAAUCUCUUGAGGAUGAAACCUUUUGUGGUGGACCAAUAUCGGAGACCGAGAAGCCAGCAUACGCACUGGCUCAGAAAGUAUAUGCCAUGCGUCUUUCAUGGGCUCGGAAAGAUCUGUCCGAAGGAAAAGACGGGCCACAGAGCCGAGGCUCUGAACUAAACGACGUGCUAUUACACUCAUUUGGCCUCGACUCGGUGAAUAUGAUGGAACUCACGUCGUUCAUCUCACAGAAUUUCCAUGUUCAAAUAGGUAUGCAGUACCUAAUGGACAACGCAACCAGUAUACGCGGCCUCGCUCAACAUAUAGUCGACUCGAAGGCAAACGGCACUGAGAUACAUCCUAACGGACACCUCAUAACUCGUCCCUUGACCCAAAUCGAUCUCAUGGCUGAGAUUAACCGACAUGACGCAAGGGUUCUGGCAGCCCAUCAGAGAUUCGCAAGCUACGAUAAUAUAUCGAGCAGUGACCCGCUAAUGGGCAGCGAUAAGGAGGCCUUGAAUGUACUCUUGACCGGCGCUAAUGGCUUUGUCGGCACCCAGAUCCUCCGCCAGCUCCUCGAACAUCGCCGCGUCAGUCGCGUCAUUUGCCUUGUACGCGGCGAGACGGAUGACACAGCUAGGCGUCGCACCAUUGAUAGCGCCGUGAAAGCGCUCUGGUGGACUGACUACCAUGCGGAGAAGCUCGAGGUCUGGAAAGGCGACCUCUCACUCCCUAGUCUCGGCCUUAGCCCGGUGCGCUGGGGCUCCCUGACCAGCGGUCAAGAGGCCAAUAUAAUCAUCCACAAUGGCGCCACAGUGCACUGGACAAAAAGCUAUAAAACCCUGGAGGCCGCCAAUGUUGGCUCGACCAUUCAACUGUUACUCCUCGCCCUGCAGACCCCUUGCAUGCGGUUCCUCUAUGUAACAGGCGGGCGACCGUGGGGUCCCGACGAAGAACUCGAUGUGGUCAAAGAGCUCUCCGUGGCCGAUGCAAUUCCAUACAGUCAGACUAAACUUGUUGCCGAAAUCGUGGUCAAGCGCGCCGCGCGCCGCAGCUCAUGCGAAAGGAACCGUUUUGCUAUCCUCAACCCGGGCUGGGUUAUUGGUACGCCGACGGAGGGGUUCUCCAAUGCCGAUGACUAUAUAUGGCGUCUGGCGAAGACAUGCAUCAGAAUAGGGGCGUACAACGCAGCCGAGGCGGACGGAUGCCUCUCUGUAUCCGAUGCCACGACCACAGCGACAGCAAUAAUUGAUGCGGCACUGGGCACGAAGACGGACAUAGCGCCCGAGGAGCACACUGUGGAUGGAAUGCUAUGGAGCGAGUUCUGGGCUAUUCUCGGUAACCUGGGUUACAACCUCGAGGCUAAGAACAUGACCGAGUGGCUGGCUCUCGUGCGUGCUGAUAUUGAAGCUGCACGAGAAAAGCACCCCCUGUGGCCACUGGCACACAUGAUUGAGGGCUUGCAGAACGAUGAGCGAGUAGCAGGACGACUGCGGGAGAAGCGUGGUAGCACGUCCUUGCGGUUGAAAUUGGCUGUCCACAGGUCUGCCCAGUUCCUUAUGCGAAUUGGGAUUUUACCCGCGCCUGCCCUAUAA